AACAGAUACAAGACAAGCAAACAGACUGAAGAUUCGGACAAAUUUGGCGCAAGCGUCAAUUUAGCGGCUAGAAGUGAUCUGCCGAAGAUUGCCUCGCCAGUUGCAAGGAGUGAGGUACGAACGGAGGACAUGGUGGAACGCUAGUGGUCGUUGUAGAUGAGCACAGGGCCAGAGCCCGUGGGUCCUCAUCCGAAGUGCUCCAAAGUUACAGCUGUGUCGGAAAGAAUGACAAGAAUGAUAACGAAAAGCAAUGAAUGCUGAACCUGACGCCGUCAAAGCAGCUUCCAAUUUAUGGUUCGAGCCUCUCGCACCUACAACGCGAAUCCUCGACUGCCUACCGACUGCGCAAGGUGGAAUCGGCUUUUACGUGCAACGUGAUUCUCGAACGACCAUCGACUAUAAAUGCCACUCCCUCACUCCUCACUCCCGUUUGUACUUACGAGAUGAUGCCGAUGCUCGCCCCAGUGCUUCCACAAAAGUGUAGAAUAGAUAGUAUCUAUUCUACACUUUUAGUACCCCGUAUGUAUUAGAUACCCCGUCUUGUCAUGACGUCUAGAUUAUGCAGAUUCUUUGUAGAUUAGAUAGAUGAUCGGAGGGUUCAAUUCAGGACUUUAGACAUACAUUUGCUAUAAGAAACAUGUUAAUCGAAUAGGUUG